AUGUUUAGAAUGUGUUUCACUGGUAGAAAUAUUUUUGCAAUUAGAAAGCAUCCAUUAUUAAUGAUUGUUAUUUUUGGACCAUUAUGGAUUUUAUGUCUUUUAUUCAUCAUAACCUACAAUUUUUCCAGAAUUAAUGAACUUUACAUUGAUAAUCCAAACUAUUCUAUCUACAAUAUUUAUGACAAUUACAAAUAUAGUAAUCAGGAGGUGUCUAAUGCAAAAGAAAAUUCAAUUAAGAAAAACCAAGAAUACUUCAAGAAUAGUACUACAUUUUUGAGUAUGGUUGAUUAUAUGUUUCCAAAUGCCACUGCAGAGAAUGAUUUUAAUUCAGAUAUUUAUAACAAGAUUUUCCAUCAUCAUGAUAUGGAUACUAUUUUGGGUACUUUGUCAUUUAAACAAAGAUGUGAUUUAUAUUUUAAGAAUGUAUUCAUUGAUAAUAUGAACUGGGCAUUUAAUCCAGAACGUAGUUAUGAAAUCAAAGCAGAAGGAAACGAUUUUGAAAAAUAUGUUAAAGAAAAUAAAGCAAUGUUGGAGGAGAAAUUUGUUCCUGAUGAAAAGACACUUGAUAAAACUACAAUAAACACACAAUUUAUUGAUUUCACAAAGAGUGAAUAUAUAAAUCAUAAAACUUUGAAACAUGAAAAAUAUAUGGCUAACCACCUAAGUCUAUUUAGAAUUUUCAACAAAUGUUAUGUUUCAAAUGAUGAAAUUUCACAAAUUGAAAGACUAAAAUCAUUUUUAACUGAACAAUACAAACUAAUUCAUAAUUUGAAAUCAAAUAUCCCAAAUUUUAGUCCAACUGAACAAGAAAAUUUAGUUAAUCUGCUCACUUAUUCUCCUGCUUCUUUUGAAAGUAGAGUUUAUCCUUGGAUUUCUAAAGAAUAUCCAGUUUAUGAAAGAUACACGGGUAAGAUUUUUGAUCAACCACCUAAUUAUUAUUUACUAUUAGGAGAUCCAGUUCAAAAAACCAUAAACAAUAUAAAAAAACCCAAAGUCACUAGUAAUGAUCCAUUUGUCAAACAGUUUAAGAAUAUGUGUAAUGGUAGAGGGAUUGUUUUAACUAUUGGCGAGCAACAUGUGGAAUCAACAGUUAAUUUGAUCCAUUUGUUACGUGCUUUACAGAAUCAUUUACCCAUUCAAAUAGUAUAUUAUGAUGAUAUUAGUGACGAUUCUAAAAGGAAAAUCGUAACAGCUGCUCAAGAAGAAUUCAGCGAUUUGCCUGAAUCAUUCCGUAAAGUAUCGUAUAUGUUUGGUGAUGAUUAUCUUGAUAAUAAUGGUAAAGGAUUAGUACCACAAGAAGUUUGGUUUGUCAACGCAUACAAUGCAAUUCAAAAACACUACCGUGGGAAAUUUUCAAGAUUUGGUAAUAAAUUACUUGCUGCAUUUUUUAAUUCAUUUGAUGAAUUUAUGUUGAUUGAUGCUGACACUGUAAUGAUGAAAUCCCCAGAAUACUUUUUCAAUUUGAAAGGAUAUUUAAAAACAGGUACAUUCUUCUUUAGAGAUAGAGCUGUGCAUAAAAGAGGAAUUGGCGAUGGAGAAUUAAUCGAAAGAAUGGCGCCUAAUAUGAUUGAUUCUAUUAUGUUUGAUAUGCCAUUAAUUACCAACUAUACGAGAAACAACGACUACUUCCGUGGGGUGCAACAUUACAUGGAAUCGGGAUUACUUUUAAUUGACAAGAAUCGUCACUAUAAUAGUUUGUUGACUAUCAUUGAAGUCAACCUCAUCCAAAGGUUACGUAAAUUAUCAUAUGGGGACAAGGAACUAAUUUGGAUGGGGUUUGCAAUUAAUGGUGACGAGAACUAUAUUUUCAAUGGAAAUGCUGCUGGGGCAAUUGGUGAGCUUACUGCACCAGAUGACAGACUUCGACCAGAUGGCACACGACAUCAUUCUGAAGAAAUCUGUGCUAAUCACCCUGGUCAUGUUUCAUCAGAGGAUAAUCAUAGUUUGUUAUGGAUUAAUUCAGGGUUUAGGUUCUGUCAUCAAUCAGAUGAAGUUGAUUUUAAAGAAGAAGCUGAAACUCAAACAAGAUUAAAAUUUCUUAAAACUUCAGAAGCUUUUAAAACCUUUUAUUAUGCACCUUUAAGAAUAACUCAUGCUAUUGUUCCUCCAUUGUCACCAGAUUUAGAAAUUAGAAGAAAUAAAGAAGAUGAACCAACCAGUGGUUGGUUAUGGGAAAGAGAUUAUUGUAAACGUUAUAUGUGGUGUGCUUAUUCAAGUAUUGGUGGUAAAGUGAGAGACAUGACCAAAGAGGACAAUAUAUUGGAGGGUUUGUUUGUGCAAUUUACGGAAGAAGAAACAAAUUGGUUUAAUUACUUGGGCGAUAUUUGGAUAGGCACAGAGUAA